AUGUCCACUUUACGCAAGUCUAUCGACGCGAGCUCCUUUGCAGCCCUUGGACUUGAAGUGCAACGCGACCCUUUCGAGAACCAGCUGCUACUAGCAUUACCCGUUGAAGAAGAAGACAGCUUCGAGUACGAACUGGCCAAGGCUAUGUCGAACCGCUGCUUAAGACUCGUCGAGAUUAAAGACCUUAUAAUCCUCCGAAGCUAUCAUAAGCUGUACUUUGCCGCUUUACUCAAUCGCCGAAACGGAAACUAUAAGCUUAUUGCUUACUUUGAACCCUUUCAGCUCUUUAAAUGCAAUAAUAAUGUUCGAGUGAUUGCGACCAAACACGACGCUAACACUAAACGACCCCAUAAAAAGAAGUUGUUUUCGGCAUUCAAAAAAGGAUUUGCUAUUGUCUUAGACGCUAAAGCCAAGACUUACGGAGCCAAGUCCUUUUCCAAGGGCAAGAGCCGCCGAGCUAACGACCUUAUAAACGCCGACAAGUUAAAGGAUUUUGAAGAAAGCUUGCGACCGAUUGAGUUGUCUUUUAACGACUUUGAUUUAAGUGUAAAGAUCACUUUAGAAAAUGCGAAUUCUACCCGUGAACUACGGUUCACGAGCCAAAUCGACGAAUCUAAAGCAUUAUCUUCUCAGCCGAAAUCCUUAAACCGCGCUUUCGAUAAGGCUAUAAAAGCCUUAAGUGACUUGCUCGAAAACGAAAACGACUUAACUAAUAGCUCCGGACUUUAUUCUAGCUUCGCUGACCUUCCGUCGGCCAAGUUCACACUUAUCAACGAUACAAUUAACAAGCGCAAGAACGAUACGCGCUCCCUUACCCUUAAGGAUGCUGCUGCUAGCACUAAGAAAUUCUUAUACUACGAGGUCUGUGCUAUUGCUGCCAAGCAACUUUCGAAGAGACGGGUAAUGAUUGUGACGGAAUACGCAACUCGCAAUACGCAACCCGCAGACUCGUUUAUCGACUUGAGUUCUCGCUUUGUGCGAAGUAUUAUUUAG